AUGUCGGAGCAACCAUCAAAAGAUCAGUGUCGUUCAACCCUGUCUCAAAUUUUCCACUUUUUGUUCGUCGGCAGUCAAGAAGAUGCUUCGUCGCCGACAACCAUACAGAAACAUCAGAUAACGCAUGUGAUUAAUGUAAGUACGACAGGUGACAGACCAUCGUUUGUAAGUGAUGAUAAUCAUGAGCAUUUCUUACGAAUACCGAUUAAUGACUCUCUCGAUGCUCAACUAUCACCAUACUUUGAUCGAGCUUAUGCGUUUAUCGAGAAGGCACGAUUAAACAAUGGUCAUGUGUUAAUUCAUUGUUUAGCUGGCAUCAGUCGUUCACCAGCCCUUGCGAUUGCAUAUGUGAUACGUUAUUUACAUUUAUCUGCAGAUGACGCAUACAAAUACGUGAAGCAGCGUCGCUCGCAAAUCUCACCGAAUUUCAAUUUCUUAGGUCAGUUAUAUCAAUACGAAUGUAGUCUUACAUGCACAUCUGCGAACAAUUCUUUGCCGAAGUGUGUUAAGACUGAAUCGCCUGUCAUUGAACGUCGUUACUGUAUUCAAGUAGAAAAUUCUUGUCAGGCAGAGAAUUCAAUGAGAAAUCAAACAAGUCUUGUGAAACGUCCGACGGGUUUUAACUUUAAUUCAAUCAAUACACGAAGAUCUCAGACAACCCUAGCACCCUUAGCUUCUUUUGUACAGUUGACACUUGAAUCUACACCUCAACAAUCACUCGAAAGCUCACAUUCGAACGCUACGUCGAUAAAGCGUUUGACGGCAAAGGAAGAUGCUUCCACGAUUCAACUGAUCAAUAGUAGUUACGAGGAACUCAAACGUAAGAAACCUGCUGAUGUCUUAAGACCGAAAUCCUAUAUGGAACAAUCAGAUUUAAUAAAUAGUUAUUUUCAAGAUUCACGAAUACAUUCCGAGUCAUUAGAUCAAUGUAAAUCUUCGCAAUCGUUUGAUACAAACACUGAAACGCUAACAAAUGGAGUUUUAAGUUCAAGAGCUUCGGUAUGUCUACUCUGUCAAAAGUCAGACUUUUCUCUUCUCGAUCGACAGAAUCGUCGCUUCCGAUUCGCUGCAUUCAUCAUUCUAAAUCGAAAUUAA